CUCCUGCCCUUCAUAUGAAAAUAAGAAUUCUUGCAUUGACCCCACACCCACCGGUCAUCCACCUCCCACACAUACCAUUAAAAACAGCCUUGUGAUGGUUGAAGCUGUGAACACUACAUUUCACCACUCUCUCCCUCUCUCUCUCUCUGCAUUUUCGUCACUUUCUGUCAUUCUUGUAGGGGCACAACAAUGAGCUCCAUAGUCGAGAGCAUCCGAAAGAGCACCUCCAUGAUUCCUUGGAUCCUCCCAAACCAGACCAAUCAUGACCUUCCGCUCUCACAGCCACACUCCACCACUCAAAAGGAGCAAGCUGGCGGCGGCAGCGGUGGUGGCUUAAGGAGGAGGAUAAUGUCUUCCCUUUCUCUCAGGAUUCAGCCCAUUUCUUAUCCUUCAACUCCUUCCUGGCCAUUCCGCAGAUCCAAGUCCAUGUCCUCCAUUGGAGACAAAGCAGGCAAUUCGCUCUGGAAAUGGUGGGAGCGAGGUUGGUCUUGGAUCACUUUGAGAAAGCCAGUCUUCGCCCGAGAUCUGGAGAUGAACGAGGAAGAAAUCAGGGUCCUUGGUGGCCUCCAGAACAGAGGAAGCUGGAGACAUGUUCUCUACAAGGUUAGGUCCGAGAUCCGAAGAAUUAUUCGAUCCGACAACGUCGGUCUCCCCCAAACUGUCCAGUGAUUGCUCAAGGCUCGUACGUAUAUAUAAAUUAUCCAUGAACUCCCGACGACGACGCAGUCAUGCAAGCGCCAGGAGAAAGUGAAAAGAUUCAGAGAUUUGCACUGCGUUUGUUGGACUGGCCAAUGUGUCUUACCACUAUUUUUUGGUUAGUUGAGUGACUUUGGACAUAGUUGCAAAUUGCAAUGUAUCCAAGUUGGUUUCUUUACUAUUAUGUGAUUAUAUAGUUUAUGAUUAGAUACAUGUAAUCAAGUAACAAUGUCAAAAAUAGUUGUUCGAGAGCCGGGUUUUCCAA